AUGUCGGUCAGCAGCCACCCGCCGGAUCACGAAAGUGACCAGGAGGACAAGGAGACUGUGGCCACCCCUGAAACCAAUGACAGCCCUAGCCCUGUCAUUCACUCCUAUGUCGGCCUCGAUGAACUGGCUCAGCAGGAAACUGCCAAUGACAUUGACCUUCUCAUUGCUGAACUUGAGGAGGAGGAUGGCAAAGAGCCUGACCCUGAGGUGAUCACCAGUGGCGAUGGCACUGACCUUCGCUACCACGCUGAUCUGCUUGAAAUCAACGUCAACCUUGGCCUGAACGAUGCUGAGAUCAUCGCUGCACGCCGCAAGUAUGGCCGAAACCGUCUGAAGCAGGAACACCGCAACAACCUGGUGAAGUUUCUCGUGCUCUUCGUUGGUCCUGUUCAAUUUGUCAUGGAGGCCUCUGCGCUCCUAGCUGCCGCACUGCAGGAUUGGGUGGACUUCGGAGUCAUCUGCGGUCUGCUGAUUCUCAAUGCUGUGGUUGGGUUCCUCCAGGAAUACCAUGCAGGAAACAUCGUCGACAGCCUCAAGCAGACACUGGCUCUAAAGGCUACCGUGACCCGAAAUGGACAUGUUCUGGAGAUAGAUGCAGAGGAAGUUGUUCCUGGUGAUGUCGUUCACCUCGAAGAUGGUACAAUCAUCCCGGCUGAUGGUGUCAUCGUCGGUGAAGGGGCUCACCUGCAAGUUGACCAGUCCUCCAUCACUGGUGAAUCUCUCGCAGUCGACAAGCACGACAAUGACAAUUGUUUCGCCUCAUCCGCCGUCAAGCGAGGAACUGCUCAUAUGGUUGCAACUGCAAUUGGUGAUAAAACCUUUGUGGGACGGGCUGCAGCACUUGUGAAUCUUGCGGAUAACAGUACUGGUCAUUUCACCAUGGUGCUGAAUGGAAUCAGCAUGAUUCUCCUGGGCCUAGUGAUCAUCACUUUGUUCAUUGUCUGGGUGGCAUCUUACUACCGUUCGAACCCUAUCAGAGAUAUUCUGGAUUUCACUCUGGCAAUCACAGUUGUUGGAGUACCAGUUGGUCUUCCUGCAGUCGUCACCACCACUAUGGCUGUUGGCGCAUCGUAUCUGGCCAAACGACAAGCGGUCGUGCAGAAGCUGUCUGCGAUCGAGUCACUGGCGGGUGUAGAGAUUCUUUGUUCCGACAAGACCGGCACCCUGACCCGCAACAAGCUUGCCCUUGGUGACCCAUACACGACUCCCGAUGUAACCAAGAACGAUCUUAUGCUCACAUCCUGCCUUGCUGCAAGCCACAAGAAACGGGGACUCGAUGCCAUUGAUAGAGUCUUCCUCAAAGCUCUCAAGGCCUAUCCAGAGGUCAAGGCGACGAUCGGAUCAUACAAAGUCAUUGAGUUCCACCCAUUUGAUCCAGUCUCCAAGAAGGUUACGGCUGUUGUCGAGUCCCCCCAGGGCCAGCGAAUCAUCUGUGUCAAGGGAGCCCCCCUUCCAGUACUCCGGACUGUUAAGGAUGACCACCCUAUCGAUGAGGACGUCGAAACCGCAUAUCUUGAGAAGGUUACAGAGUUCGCCAGCCGUGGGUUCCGUGCCCUUGGAGUUGCUCGCAAGAUAGGUGACCAACCUUGGCAAAUUCUAGGAAUUGUGCCUUGCUUGGAUCCUCCUCGCUAUGACACUGCAAAGACUAUUGCCGAGGCCCAGCGACUUGGACUUUGCAUCAAGAUGCUGACUGGAGAUGCUGUGGGAAUUGCACGCGAGACUGCCCGCCAGCUCGGACUUGGAACCAACAUCUACAAUGCGGAGCGUCUGGGUGUCACAGGUGCUGGCGACAUGCCCGGGUCUGAAAUCAAUGACUUUGUCGAGGCUGCCGAUGGAUUUGCAGAGGUAUUCCCUCAGCACAAGUACAGCGUCGUGGAGAUUCUCCAGAAGCGAGGCCAUCUGGUUGCAAUGACUGGAGAUGGUGUCAAUGAUGCCGCGUCGCUGAAGAAGGCCGAUACUGGUAUUGCGGUCGAGGGAGCUUCCGAUGCUGCUCGCUCAGCUGCCGACAUUGUCUUCAUGGCUCCCGGAUUGUCUGCAAUCAUCGACGCCAUCAAGCUCUCCCGGCAGAUCUUCCACCGCAUGUACUCGUAUGUGAUCUAUCGCAUUGCGUUGUCCCUGCACCUCAUGAUCUUCUUCGGCCUGUGGAUUAUCGUCCAGAACAUGGUCAUGGAUCUCCGCUAUGUUGUCCUGCUGGCCAUCUUCGCCGACAUUGCUACCUUGGCGAUUGCGUACGACAAUGCGCCGUUCUCAAUUUCCCCGGUCAAAUGGAACCAGCCCAAGUUGUGGGGUAUUGCCAUCAUCAUGGGCUUUAUCCUGGCGGCUGGAUCCUGGGUCGCAUACGGUACCAUGCUUCUGAAUGGUGAGAGUGGUGGCUUGGUGCAGAACUUCGGUGAUCGCGAUUCGGUGAUGUUCCUUGAGGUCACCCUCACUCAGAACUGGCUGAUUCUCGUCACUCGUCACAUCGAUGGGCCUUUCUGGAAGAAUCUGCCAUCCUGGAAGCUGCUUGCGGCGGUUCUGGCCGUCGAUAUCGCGGGGACGUUGAUGGUGCUCUUUGGCACAUUCGGCCACUCGCCGACAUCCAUCGUGGCCGUGGUUCGCACCUGGGUUUUCUCUGUUGGUGUCAUUGUUAUACUCGGUAUCGUGUAUAACUUCCUGCAGAACUCGCAAGGUUUUGACGACCUCAUGCACGGUCGUAGCCUGCGCGCCAAGUCUCGAGAGCGGUCCUGGGAGGAUUUCUUGCUCUCUCUGCAGCGGGUUUCGACCCAGCAUGAGAAGACGACCUGA